UCUUCCUCUCCUAAGGUCCCCUCUGCCCUCUCUCCUCUCCCACAGGAGUAACGUUGCGUCCCGCUUUUUUUGCUCCCCGAAGGCUGCUGCAACAAGCCCACCCAACUCCCACACGCACACGCUCUUUCCCCCCUUCUCUCUCUCUCUCUCUCUCUCGAUCUCGACCAGACCUGGUUGGCCUGCCUUUCUCUUGUUUUCUGUGUUUCUCAUUUGAAGUGGAAUGCAGGAGCCAGCUACUAGCUCUAUUGCAGCCAGCUCGUUGCCUUCUAGCAGUGAGAGAUCUUCUAGCUCUGCUCUUCACGUUGAAGUCAAAGAAGGCAUGGAAAGCGAUGAUGAAAUAAGAAGAGUUCCGGAGAUAGGAGGUGAGGCUGCUGGUGGUGGUCCAACAACAGAUGGUGGAACGGUUGCAGGUCCGGCUCAGCCGUCCGCUAGCGGCUCAAAAAGGAGGGGGAGGAGCCCUGCUGACAAGGAAAACAAGAGGCUGAAGAGGUUGUUGAGGAACAGAGUUUCAGCACAGCAGGCAAGGGAGAGGAAAAAGGCGUAUUUGAUUGACUUGGAGGCCAAGGUUAGAGAUUUGGAAACCAAGAACGCGGAGCUUGAUGAAAGAGUUUCCACGUUGCAAAAUGAGAACCAAAUGCUUAGACAGAUACUGAAGAACACGACUGCCACGGGCGGCUCACAGGAGGGAAGGAAAUAAGCUGGAAGAGCGGAGAGUAGAGAGCAGAGAAUAGAGAGAGGAGAAGUCCAAAGACAGGGACAGGUUGGUGGUAUCUAUGUUGUUGGUCUUGCAGAGCAGAAUGGUGGAUGAUGAGGAUGAGCACGCCACAGCCACAGCCGCAGCUGCAUAUCUAUCUAUCUAUCUUACUCCUGCUUGGUGCCGGCUUUGUACGCCCACCAGACAGACAGACAGACAGACUGGCCAGUAUGAGUAUGAUUAUGCGCAUAUAAGUAAGAGUUGAAGCAAUCCCAGGCGAGUAGAGUAGAGUAGAGUAGAGCAGAGCAGAGUAAUGCGUGUUGUAAUGAAUCGUGCUGGUUAGACUGGCUGACUGACUCACUCACUACUUCUGAGGUUGAGUUUGAGGUUGUUCAGUGUUGAGGAUUAACAGUACAAAACAAAGUUAUAGGUAGGGUGUGAUUGUUUGAGGGCUCAGAUUUUUUUUUUUUACUAUUCAUCCAAUUUUUUUCAUCCAAAAAUAUCAAAUCAAACAUCUAUUUUUUAUUUUUUAUAUUAUAUUAAAAAUCAAUUUUACAUUCAAAACAUCACAUCAACACCUAUUUAUAUCACAUCAUACAACUAUUCAAAUUUAAAAUUUUUACUAUUCAAAUUUCAACUCAAAGUUAAAACCUCCAAACAAAAUUGAUUUAUUAUUGAAGGUGAGGAAAGCGGUCCGGCCCGGCCAGGCUGGCUCAGCAACAUUGAAUGAAGGAAAUAUAUAGUAGUAAUUGGAUAGUUGGUAAUGGUUGUUAGAUUUCCUUGGAGAAUGACGGAUGUUUGAUUGAGACCCGACUGCUACCUCUACUAGAGCCUAGAGGGAGAGAUUGAUUGACCCAAAGUCAAAGUCGAAUCAUUCAUUCUCAAUCCAUCCAUCUCCAACCCA